GUAGCCAACCAACAAGCAAGAAGAAAUUUCUCUCCUUGUAGAAACAAGCCUAGAGAGUACUAUGGAGCAGAGGAAAUUUUUGUUGUGCCUAAUUCUUGGCUUACUUGCGACUUCAGGACCUGCCAAGACCGUCAAUGCUGACUCGCCCUUUGAUUUUUAUUAUCUCAUCCUCAUGUGGCCUGGAGCAUACUGCACUGACAGCGAGUAUGGUUGUUGCGUGCCCAAGUAUGGUUACCCGUCAGAAGAUUUCUUCGUCAAGAGCUUCAUGACCUUUGACUCGUCAGAGAACACAGCUGUUGUCAGGUGCAACUCCGACAAUCCUUUCGACAUUAACAAGCUAGACUCAAUCGAGAACAACCUGAACCACUACUGGAGCAACAUCAAGUGUCCUCGCACCGACGGCGUGAACUCAUGGAAGAGCGAGUGGAACAGCUAUGGCGUCUGCUCCGGCCUCAAGGAGUUGGACUACUUCAAGGCCGGUCUCCAGCUCAGAAAGAACGCAGAUGUUCUCUCUGCUCUCGCUGAACAAGGCAUCAAGCCGGACUACCAACUGUACAACACGGCGUUCAUCAAGUGGGCAGUGAACCAGAAGCUGGGUGUGACACCAGGAGUGCAGUGCAGGGACGGGCCAUUUGGGAAGAAGCAGUUGUACGAGAUCUACCUCUGCGUCGACAAGGACGCCAAGAGCUUCAUCGACUGCCCUGUCCUGCCCAACCUCAGCUGCCCUGCCGAGGUGCUCUUCCAUCCGUUCCACACCUGGAUGCUCAACACCACAUCGGCUGCCAACAUCGUGAUGCCCACUGAAACUGUGCUGGCCUAAUUAAGAGCCUUUAAUUUGCUAGCUAAGCUGCCAUGAUCUACUUGAUCAACCUGUCCUAAGAGCAUGUAGCAUAUGCUUAGCUUGUUGCUUUGGGUGAAUAAUCGCGCAACUUUUAUACAUUGUUGUGCCCUCUGAAUAAUAUGUGCAGUACUAUAUAUGAAGUAUUGUACCGCAUAUGUUAUGUAUUACAUGUGCAGGUCUUGUGCACACCUGUGAGGUGAAUGGAUAUAUUAUGAAUAUAUAACGUGUUGUAUUAUGAA